UGCUCAGAAGUCAGAACUCGGAACUCGUUUAUUAGCAAGGAUGUUCACAGGAGACCAGAACCUGGGAGAGAAAAUGUUCAAAUUGUUCAAGGAAAAGAAGGUGAACAUUGCAAGUGCCAUCACAAGCCCGUUUCCUUUCUUCAUGGGCCUCCAAGACCAAGGCUUCCUCCCUGAGCAGAUGUGCAAUGAUUUUCUAGAGGCCUGUGCAAACAAGGUGGCGACGGCGGAAGUGGCUUACAGGGCUCUCAGUGAGUUGGAGAAGGUGUUUAACGGAACUGUCCUGGAUGUUCUGUUCAGCAAGGUGAACCUGAAUGCCUAUCCUGAUCUGCUUGACAUUUUCAAAGACUUCCAGAAGGUGAUCCUCCAUUCUUUCCACUGUCACAUAAGAGGACCGUCACAUCAUGGUGACUCAGAGGAGAUGCCUCAAAUCCAACAAUGCUGUGAAAGAGGGGACACCUUGCGUCCAGUUGAAUUUCCAGAGUCUCUUGCUGAUGGAGAGCAGACAAACAUCAGGAGAGGAGAUUCAUCUCAUGGCCCAAGUGAGACAAGAACCCAAGAAAUAGCACAUGAAUGUAUCCACUUCCCUGACCAAACAGCCUGUGGAAGUUCACCUCUCCGAAGCAGCAAUGCAAGUGGGUUAGAAGGCAUGUCCAUAUUACAGCCAUAUAAUGGAGAAGGGGAAGCUCACUUGAGCAUCAUUCAUGUAGAACCUUACUUCUACACAAGCACCCAGAGGCCUUCUCUCCCAUCACCUUGUCUGCGAGAUUUUCAGGAAGACCAGACUCCCCAACGAACUGAUAGAAGUGUUUCUGAAGAGAUGAGCAGUCUGUUGUUAAAUAUUGAGGAAGUGUCCUGGAGAUUUUCAACUCUACAAAUUAAUGAUGAAGAUGCAGAAGAAAUAAUUAGGUUACUAAUUUCUGAUGACAGAGAGUCUGGUGGAGAAGAGCACCUCCAAAUAGAUAAGGAAGCAGAGUCAGAAAACUUAGUAAAUGGUCCACAGCCAUGUGAUGAACAAGAGUCUGGUCAACAAGAACCUCUCUCAGUGGAUAAGGAAGGAGAGUCAGAAACAUUAGAAAACAGUUCACCAUCAUGUAAUGGACAAGAAUCUGGUGAACAAGAAUCUCUUCAAAUGGAUAAGGAAGCAGAGUCAGAAGAGUCUGCAAAUGGUCCACGACCCUACAAUGAACAAGAAUCUGGUGGAGAAGAACCUCUUCAGACAGAAAUAGAAGGAGAAUCAGAAGAGUCUGCAAACAAUCCCCUGGUGUGUCAUAGACAAGGUACUGUGAAUCUUGGAAACAGCUCUGCUGUGGAAAGGCCUCAAAAGAAAAAAAGAAAAAAGAGAGGGUAUAACUGGUCAAGAAGUAAAAGGAAACGACCAAGAAACACACAAAAUAAUGGCAGGCUGGAACCUGGAUGGCAAGCUAGACGGAGCAGGCAAUCUAACUACAACCAAGCAUCAAACAAAAGGAAGAGACAAGUGCAUCACAAGUAUCUUCUCAGGAGCAGGGGGUCAAUAGAGUCGAGCUAUAUGGAUCUUGACUCUCCAAUACUUCCCGUGACCUGUGGUGAACUGAAUGGGACUUUACUUAAGAAUAAAUUCAGAGAAGGAAAGGAGUGUAUACAGAGUGAGGAUGGAGAUUGGUUCACUACCAGGGAAUUUGAAAUCAAAGGUGGCUAUGAACGAUCAAAGAAAUGGAAGAUGAGUAUACGUUGUGAUGAGAAGACUCUACUAUGGCUGAUUAAGAACGGAUAUCUGCUUAACCCUCCAAGAAUGUAUUACAAGCGAAAAAGGCCACCAGGUUCCAGAUGCCAUCAGGAUGCCGGCCAGGCUUCUCUGGACUGAAGACCCCACCAAUGUGUCCUGGAGCUCUGCUUCCCCAGAGACCCACCCUACUAGGGAGAGAGAGAAGCAGACUGGGAGUAUGGACCAACCAGUCAACAUCCAUGUUUAGUGGGGAAGCAAUUACAGAAGCCAGACCUUCUACCUUCUGCAACCCACAAUGACCCUGAGUCCAUGCUCCCAGAGGGCUAGAGAAUGGGAAAGCUAUCAGGGGAGGGGGUGGGAUAUGGAGAUUGGGUGGUGGGAAUUGUGUGGAGUUGUACCCCUCCUACCCUAUGGUUUUGUUAAUUUCUCCUUUCUUAAAUAAAAUAUAAAUAAAUAAAUAAAAAGAAAUUCUUAUUGAAAGAAUAUUUAAGAGGAACCUUCCUUGGAAUUCUAUUAUGACUGCUAACUUUGGAAUAUAAUUUUAAAAUUGUGUAAAAAAAAGAAAAAAAAGGUCUGAAAGAAUGGGGAGACCGUGGAUGGGUUGAGUCCUUCAUCGUGUGGUUAUUUGUAUUAGGGAUGAAGGCAAACCUCCUACCAUUGUCCUCACUCAAUCUUUCUCUCUUUUCAGAAGACAAUAGGAGAACAUGACACCUUUGAUGUUGGUGCAAGUACUAGCUCCCACCUAAGACCCCAUAGCAGCCUGAGUCUUUCCCUGCA